AUGAAAAUAGUUAAAUUCAACGGUGAGCUAUUAACCAAGACUCUUAAUGAAAUUCUCAAUGUUGCUGAAUUACGUGGAAUUCAAUGGAAUCGCUUUAAAGAGUUGAAUAAACUUCUCAAGGGCUUUAGAAGUCACGAAAUGACAGUUCUCUCAGGAAAGACUGGAGUCGGAAAGACCACUUUUGCUUGUGAAUACUCUCUUGAUUUAGCCGAGCAGGGUGUUCGAACUCUUUGGGGCAGUUUCGAGAUGCCGCUUCCUCGAAUUUGUCGUACGCUCUUACAUCAAUAUGCCGGUGAGCCUCUACAUUCCCAGCCACCAAUCAGAGUUGCUGCCUGGGCAACAGCCUUUCAACAGGAACUACCCAUGCUCUUCCUCAAUAUGCAUGGAAGACCUUCUGAAAAAGAGGUCUUCGAUGCAUUAGAAGAAAGCGUAAAAGAGGAGGGAGUAGAGCAUGUAAUCCUGGAUAACCUCCAAUUCAUGAUGGGCUGUGGUGGGAUGGGAGGUCGAGGUGGUAUGGAGGAGAAGUUCACUCGACAGGAUCGUUUUGUGGAGCGUCUCCGUGCCUUUUCCACGGAUUCCGGCGCUCAUCUAACCCUCGUUGUGCACCCAAGAAAAGUGGAGGACGAUCAUCUCCUCAGUAUCGCCUCACUCUAUGGUGGGGGUAAAAUUAGUCAAGAGGCGGACAAUAUCAUGCUUGUGCAGGAAGAAGUUGGUACAGCUGUCCCAAAAAGAUAUCUUCAAAUAGUGAAAAAUCGAUACGACGGUACGUUGGGCAAGAUGGAUUUGAACUACAAUCGCUCGCGAAUGUCCUUUCGACCUUCCACACACACUUUGGAAGGUAUUUCAUCAUCUGAAGCUGUUGAUUGA